AUGGCUUUACCCUAUAGACAAAAUUUCCGAAAGCCUUCCAGGCAGGCGUCUAUGGACCCUCAUAACGACCUCAAUCCACAUGUAGAUCACUACAUUGGAAUUGAUGUUGGAACUGGCAGUGCACGAGCUUGCAUCAUCGACGCUUCCGGUGAUAUAAAAGCAUUAACUACAGAAAAUAUCGGCUUGUGGACACCCGAAACUGGUUACUAUGAGCAAUCCACAACUGAUAUCUGGAGAUGCAUCUGUGUUUGCGUUCAACGAGCUCUAUCCCAGCACAACAUUGACCCUGGAACCAUCCGGGGCAUUGGUUUCGAUGCUACAUGCUCUCUUGCCGUAUUUGCUCACGAUACUGACGAGCCUGUAUGUGUAACGGGUCCAAAUUUUGUCAACGACGGAAACGAUCGCAACGUUAUCCUUUGGCUUGAUCACAGACCGGUGGAAGAAACUGCCACAAUUAACAGCACGGAACACAACCUGCUUCGAUAUGUCGGUGGAAAAAUGAGUAUUGAAAUGGAAAUUCCAAAAGUGUUGUGGUUAAAAAACCAUAUGCCUGCAGAACUCUUCGACAGGUGCAAAUUCUACGAUUUAGCCGACGCGCUCACUCAUAUAGCCACCGGUAAUGAAAGUAGGAGUUAUUGUUCCACCGUCUGCAAACAGGGCUUCGUUCCCGUCGGCGUGGAUGGUAGUGUGAAGGGCUGGCAAGAAGACUUCUACGAGAAGAUUGGGUUAGGAGAUCUUACCAAAGAUAACUUUAAACGCAUGGGGGGCGUUGAUGGGGUGAACGGAAAAUAUCUCUCAGCUGGCGAGCUAGUAGGUACUCUAUGCGAGAAGGCUGCACAUCAACUUGGCCUGCCGGCAGGUCUCGCAGUUGGGAGUGGCGUUAUUGACGCUUAUGCCGGCUGGGUAGGCACAGUUGGUGCUAAGGUUAACUUAGGACAAGAUCAACUAAACUCAAAAAUGCCCAAGAAUGAUAUCUCACAGGCUUUUGGAAGACUAGCUGCAGUUGCAGGAACAUCAACUUGCCACUUGGCAAUGUCAAAAGAUCCUAUCUUUGUUAACGGUGUUUGGGGCCCUUAUCGGGACGUACUUCUUCCUGGGAUGUGGAUGGCUGAGGGUGGACAAUCUGCUACAGGAGAGCUUUUAAAGCAUGUUCUCGAGACUCAUCCUGCAUAUAACGAGACGAUGUCACUGGCAGAUUCAUUUAAUACCUCAAUAUACGACUACCUCAACUCCCAUCUUGAAGAGUUGCGGGGCAAAGUUAAGGCCCCAACUAUAUCCUACCUUGGUCGGCAUUUUUUCUUCUAUGGAGAUCUCUGGGGAAAUCGUUCUCCGAUUGCCGACUCAACAAUGACUGGAUCAAUCAUCGGUCUUUCCUCCGAUAAAUCUAUGGACGGACUUGCUCUAUAUUAUUAUGCAACUAUGGAGUUCAUUGCUAUGCAAACUCGUCAUAUCAUUGAAACAAUGAAUAAAUCUGGACAUGAUAUUACAUCUAUAUUUAUGUCUGGAUCUCAAUGCCAGAAUAAGAUUUUAAUGGAAUUAAUAGCCACCACAUGUGAGGUUCCAGUUCUGAUUCCUCGGUACGUUCACGCAGCUGUUGUACACGGCGCAGCAAUGCUCGGUGCGAAAGCUGCUAGCGCAGACAAAACAGGGAAAACAGAACCUCUUUGGAAUAUUAUGGAUAGAAUGAGCAAGCCUGGGAGAGUAACUUCGCCUGGUAAAGAUAAGAAUGAAAAAAAGUUACUGGAUGCAAAGUACGAAGUAUUUCUAGAGCAAUGUCGUACUCAACAAGUAUAUAGGAAAAAUAUCGACGAUGCACUGGGUGGUUGGGGUGCAGAAGUGAGUUCUUAA